AUGACUGGUAUUCGUAUUCACACGGGUGUUGGUCAACAGUCAACUAUGUUAUGUCUUACUUGGCCAAACAACCGAAAAGAGCGUUUUAGUAUUGUCUGGCAGUACAUGACAGCGGUAGAUAGUAUAUUUGCUGUAUGUGACACUUGUCAAAAAAAAUUGUCAUACAAAACGUCUUUAACAAAUUUAAAAAAACAUUUAAAGGCUGUUCAUGGGAUCAAUAUUACAGAAAAAGUUGAUAAGGUUGAUAGAGAAAGAGAAAGAACUCCUGAUGUUGAUAAUGUGGUUAAUUCAUCAGGUUUGACUGAUCUUGUUCCAAUAUCUUCAUACACUACUUCAUCAGGUUUGACUGCUCAUGUUCCGAUAUCUUCAAACACCGCUUCAUCAUCUUUGACCACUAUUCCACCAAUUUCGACUUUUACUUCAUCAGCUUCUACUAGUACACUUAAACGCAAACAGCCAUCUAUUGCAAAUUUCUUACCUAGAAAAAUUACACCAGAUAGAUUUAAAAAAUUUGUUAAUUUAUUAAAUCCAAAUUAUUCAUUACCUACUCGACAAGCAAUCUCGAAGACAUUAAUUCCAUUGGAAUAUCAAAAGUGUGUGUUUAGAGUGGAAGAGUUGAUUGAGAAGGAAGUUGACAAUGUGUGCCUUACGACUGACUGUUGGACAUCUAGGUGUAAUGAAAGUUAUAUAGCAGUUACGGCACAUUUUGUUAAUAAAGAAUUUAUUCUGAAAUCGGUGCUCAUAGAGUGUACUGAAAUAACUGAAAGGCACACCAGUGUAAAUUUAAGCAAUGAAAUUAAGGCUAUAAUAACAAAAUGGAAGUUGGACGGAAAAUUUGUUCUAGUGGUAUCAGACAAUGCAAGUAAUAUUAAGAAUGCUAUUAACAAUUUACAAAUAAGACAUUUGGGAUGUUUCGCUCAUACUAUUAAUCUCGUUGUCGAAGAAGGUCUUAAGUGCGAAUCAGAUUUAAUAAAUAAAGUAAAGACUAUUGUUACUCACUUCAGGAAAAGUACAAUAGCAAAUAAAAUAUUAGAAAAAAAUCAAAUAAAUAGUGGUAUUAAGGAUCCAAAAAAGUUGAUUCAAGCAGUGAACACUCGCUGGAAUAGUGUUUUUUAUAUGUUGGAACGAUUUAUUUUGCUUGAAAACUCAAUUCGGUCAUCACUCGGUUUAUUUGAAAAUCCUCCAAGUAGCCUCACUGCUGUAGAAUGGAUAGUUGUCAAAGAGCUAUGCAUUGUAUUAAGACCAUUUGAAUCAGCAACAAAGGUAGUAAGUGGAGAAACUUAUAUGACUGCGUCAAUGAUUUUGCCCAUCGUUAACGUACUCACUGAUGUUUGCUCUAAAAUGAAAAAUAAACCUGAAUUCGACUCAAGGACACACGAAGUAGUCAACAGCAUAUCAAAUGCAAUGAAAAAUAAAAAUAGUUGGGGGAAUAUUUACCUUAGCAAGACACUAGCUAAAUGCACUUUUUUAGAUCCACGUUUUAAAAGUAUACUAUUUUCUCCAAAUCCCAGCUUUUCUGAAAAUAUUAAAAUGGAAAUAACUGAUGAAUUCACUAGCAUUAUUCAACAUAUAAGAUCAAAGAACACAGCUAAUAUACUUACUCCCCAUAACAACGAACAAGAACAUCAAGAACCUUUUGUUGAAAAUCAAGGUAAUGAAUUUUCAAUUUGGGGUAGUUUAGAUGUUCAUUUCCUAGAACACAAGAUCCGUUAG